GGUAAUUUUUCUAAUAUUUCAGUUUUAAUACCACAAAAUUUCGUUACCGUCAUGAAUAUUUUUAGUGCUCCGAACACAAAAAAGCUGAACCUACAGAAUACCUGCUCCUCCUAUUAUGACUUUUUGACCUGUGAGCACACCUGUCUGGAUUCCUUGAGAUGCUCCACCCUGCACAACGAUGCUCCUGCCCAGCAGAAAUUAAGGGAGCCGCCAGGCAUAGCAAGGCGUGGACUAAAGUACUUCGAUGUGGACGACAAGGCGGCGGAGUGGUAUCUGGAUACUCGACGAUCCACAGCCGAGAGGAAGCCUUGCAAGCGGAAGUUUUGCUUCCGCUUUCGUGUGCCCGUAAGACAUGCCGUACGCCGGAAGGACAAGGCGUCGACGUACUCCCUUCCUGGUCGACGGGUGUCCCCAGAGUUUCUGGGCCUCCUUAAGCAACACCACGCCAGGAUGCGGGGCUUGGAGCAGCCGCCGCGUAAGUAUCUAUCCCGCAAGCCAAGUUUCUCCUAUUACAAGUACGAUGCGGCGGCCAAGAGAAGACACAUGCGUCCGGGCAUCGAUACUGCGGCUCCUGUGGAAUUCCCCUGCACUAACUUGACAUGUACACGUCACCAUGAGCAGCUUUGCCCCUGUCCUCAGAAGAAGGAGGCUCUUCCCGCGGCACCUUUAAGUCGGGGAGAGCCUCAGAAAUCUGAAAUCAAGACCAACAAGAAGCGCUUGUUCCUGUUUGCCAAAGAUAAAAAUCUGAGCGAAAAGAAAAGCAAUCAAGUAGUUUCAGCGAAAAGAGUUGACGAUGAGGCUAUGGAUGAGGGUAAUCUGCAGCCAAAGGAGAGCCAGCUGGAAGGAACUAAACUUCAUAGAAUUUAUGCCAGCAAUCCAUCCUUAGUUACGCCUAUGGAAAUUCAAGAUCAACCUAAGCCACUGAGUUCCAAGUCACUAAACAGUUUCGAUGUCAGCUGUCCACCGAAACCCAUUUUAUCUAGACCACAUUCCACCCAUGCAACACCCAUGGAAAAGAUUAAUAAUUGUCCCUGCCCUGUUGAUCAGCUUAAAUGGUUGCCAAGACCCUGCGACCAAUCCACAUGUCCCUGUAAAACUGCCAGAUUUAGAAGAAGUCGAGACCCGCGCUCCAUCGAGUACGAGAAUCGUCCUUUCUUUAAGGCCAUUCAAGGAACAAGUAAAGUAAGCGGUACGCAAAAUAGAAGUAUUACACAGAGAAGGUGCACUCAGACUAAAACCACCAGUGACAAUAGAACACAUCCCACCGACCUUAGAGAGAAGGAUUGGAACAACAGGACAGGUCAAGAUCACUGUAAGAUUAAAGGUUUCGAAACAAAAGCUCCAGAGAACAGUUUCUAUGCAUCCAUCUCAAGUCAUCAGCAACAUAGUGAGGAAUGCCUUCAUCGACCCGACUUUUAUGGUGUGAACGAUAUAGAAAUUUCACCUAAUUGCAGGGAAGGAAGCAUCGGUUACAAAGGUUUUGUACGACGCUCAGAAAAACAGAAGAUAAUUGAUCGAUGCGGUGGUCCCAUUCCGAAGUGCACGAAGGUAAAGCCUCCGCCUUAUUGCUAUCUGUGGUCCGCCGUGGAUCCGGACAUUCGGGAGGCGGAGAAGCGCCGUCUGGCGGAGCACAAGUGCUACCAGCGGCAAAUGUUUCCAGACAGUAAGCCAUACUCAUACUACUGGUCAAAAACGAAUCAAGACAUAAGAAGGCAGGUGAAGCGCAGAUUGAAGAAGACCGAUAGCAAGCGCAAUUGUGGGGUACUCCAACCAAACAAUUUUUGCCGAAGCUGUCCAGAUCGAAAUCAGGAAACGUGUUCCUGCACUGCAUCCAUAAUAACACAGUUCGUUGAAAAAAGUAGUUGGGAUUUGGAUGAUCACCACCCCUACCUAUCUUGUUUACAUGGCAGGAAGCCAAAAUCCUACGUCCCAGGGCACACUUGGAACCGGAAACAAGCUACAUCAGAUGAGAGUUCCCCUGCGUGGGAAGAAAAAGGGCAUUCUCCAAACGAAAGCCAUCGAAAGUGGUCGGGGCUGGUUUCGACCAAGUUGCACACAGAUUCAGAUAGACGCACCCCGAAAAAGCCACGCCUGCUGCCCAGACUACACGCCUUUGCCAAGCGAUUCCUAUUUUCCGGCACCAAAGGACUCCAUUUAAAGUCAAACCAAUCGGGAAGCGAAAGACCGACACACAGUACACGAUCCAGAUAUUCCAGCGCAGGUGGUUCUAAAGAACGGGAAUCUUAUAAAAUUAAUCAUCAAGAGGAUAAGCAAAUAGAAUUAUGCAAUGACACUUCUUCGGUGGACAGAAAAAUCACCUUUAGGGAUCAGGUCAGAACUCAGCAUAUGCAGGGACCACGAGAUCCUAAGUUAUGGGCCAAGCAAAGUCAAAAAGUAUUUCGGCAACCUAAAACAAAAAAGAAUAGCCCGGAGACCCACUUAAACCGGCCUACCGAAACCUCAUUUACGUCGAAAGUAAGAUCAGGUUUUCACUCCAACUCUGGUUUAGAGCAACCAUCAUGUUCCACACGAUCAUCCAAAUUCAGGAACUACCAGACGUCCCAACCACAGAAGUCCCCCAUAUGUAUCAGAAGUCCAUCCUGUGGCAGCAGUAGCAACUGGAGCAGCCCGUCAAGUGACCACUGUGUAGCCCGCCAUCCACCGCAGCAAUCUCCCUGCCAAGCUCCUCAACCAUUGGUAUCCCGUGCCCAACGAGAGUGGGAAGAACGUCUGGAGCGGAAAAGGGCCAGAAGACUUAGGGAGGAGUGCAGACCAUGUACUGAUUACCUAUUGACGUCACGGGCAACGGAGCCCAGAAAUCCGGACAUACGUCGGGGAGUUGUAACAUAUCGAAACUAUGAGUUCUUAACGGAACCCAGUGAUCCCUGCCUGACUAAGCCAACGGGCAAAUGUUUCCAGUUCACACAAAAUAGUCCUGUGCUUAGAAAUAAAAACCACUACUCGCGAUCACGAAGACGUCGACGUUCUGCUCAAUGUUGCGAUGACUCCGAUGCGUCAACGCACAGCCAGAGUUCUCGAAGUUCGGGAAGAAUGCGGGGCGGAUUAGAAUUCCGGGAGGAAGUCUUGGCUUCUCGAAGGCAUCGUUACACAGCACACACCUUUCCAACCAGCUUGCCUUGCAAGCUCUACACCAAGAAGAGGGUUCAAUCCAUCAAGCCGUCCAAUACGCCUAUGCACUUAUUUAGUUUCGAUUAGGAGCAGAGCAAUGUAGCUUGCAGCACGACUAUCAAAUGGAUAAACCAUAUUUAUAGGAAUGGAUUACCACUUGACAGCCGAGCUAGCAUGCCACAAAUUGUUCCGACAAAUUAUCGUACUUUGUUCAUUUCAAAUUAUCACGAUUAAAGUUUUAAUUGCGUA